CAAAAUAUACAAAACCCCAUUUUAUACACCAAUGCAUGCACCGAUGCCCGCCCGUGAUCAAACAAAAAGGGUUUAAUAGUAAAUCAGUGCGUUCUGAUCGUUGGAGAAAUCGAGGAGAGAAAGAUCAUUUCUUUCCCGUUUCUCAGCCGACGAGCCCCCUCAGUCCCUCUACCUCUGUUGAGGUCUGGAACGGCGGCACACACAGGACGAAACUUACACAAGAGUUGCUGCUGGUAUUGGCGAAGGAAGCAGACUACCGACUAUUUUCUUUUUUCGUUUUGAAUAGAUCCAUCUACACGAACUGCAACCUUGAAAUCAGAUGGAGGAAGCAGAGAAGAGAAGAGAAAGGCUGAAAGCAAUGCGCCUAGAGGCUGCUCAGUCUGAAGAUUCUUGUAAGGUUGACAGUUCUACAGCACAGGGGUACCUAUCCAAUCCAUUAAUUGAACCAACUGCAACUCCACUGGCCAAGGAAAAUUCACAUGUUGUUUCGAGGUUUGAUUAUUACACAGACCCUAUGUCAGCUUUCUCUGGUAACAAGAGAAGGAGCAACAGCAACCAGAUGUCACAAAGUUAUACCUCACCUUCUAUUAGCAGUGGUUCUCCUAUGACUAGGCCAUCAUUAUCUCCUUCAGCAGGUCCGAGGAGCCCAUUCAUGUCUGUGUCUCCUGCUCAUCAGUUCCAGGCUAAUAAUUCCCCUGAUCAUAGGACAAAUGAAACACAUAUGGCCUUUCAUGGUCCUGAUUCUUGGAGAAGCCCAAUGGGAAUGACUAGUCCUUUCCCUGGUUACCGAGAAACUCCUGGGCCCCGGAACAGAUCUCCUGGCAUGCCUGGUUAUGGCUUUCCCUUCAACUCACCAAGGGGUGGUGGUUUCCCCAGUCCUGGUCUUGGACGGGGUGGUAGCCCUAGUCCUGGUUCAGGCAUAGGUGGUAGUUACCGCUUUGGCAACAGUCCCAGAAAUCGAGCAGGAUGGGGAGGUAACCCAAACGUUAGCUCAGGAAGAGGCUGCAAUUACCAUUUCAACAGUCCUCGUAAUGGUUCAGGACGGGGUAGAGGAAGAGGGCGAGGCUCCCAUGCUUAUGUAUCAGCACGGGAUAGGCCAGAGCUGUUCUACAACAAAUCCAUGAUGGAUGAUCCGUGGAAGUUCUUGAAGCCUGUGAUUAGGAGACCAAUUCUAUCCAAUUGUCAAGAUACACCCGACUCUCUAAGAUCUUGGCUUCCAAAAUCAAUUAAUAUGAAAAAGGCCAGAAUUUCAGAAACUAGCAAUGAAUUCAGUUCGCAGUCUAGCCUUGCUGAAUGCCUGUCUGCCUCUUUCGAGGAGGCGGCCAAUGAUGCAACUGGAAUAUAAGAGAGGUGGGUGUGAAGUUGUUUUUAGUGCAAUCCUGUAUGGUGAAAAUAUUGAAGCUCAACCAAAUUUGAUCUACUGGUAAGUGGUAACGUUCUUACCCUGUUCAAUUUACCUGGGCAACCUCUUUUGUCCCUCUCUCUGGCCUUUGCCCCCCCUGGCCCAUCUGAGGGUAAAGGUUCAGGAUUCCAUGGAGAAACCAUUGCUUCUCAACAUUGGCGUUGCGUUAUGGAAAGGAGAGUUUUGGGAGAACCAAGAAUGCCACUCUCUGGACGGAGAUCCUUUACAAAUUUUUAAGGGUGAAGAACAUUUACUACGGAGUCAGUGGACCAUGGUACCGAUUCCUCCAAGAAGCACUGUACAGUGUACACCUUCGGUGUGAGGUUUCAAGUAAUUAGAAUUAUGGGCAAGACUAUGAAUUUCAGGUUUCCGUCUUUAUGAGAAUGAAUGCUCCCUAAAUUGACUUGAUUGGGUAUCUCCAAUCCUCUUUAUAGUUGAAAUUGGCUGUAUUUUUGUCGUGCUCAGAAAGAGUGAAUUAGGAUUGAUGUUUUCUGAAACAAAUUAUCCAACUAUGGUUUAUGAUCCAA